AUGCCAGUCAUAACCGUUGGUAAAGAAACAAAUUUAUGGCAAGAAAUUUGUGGAGAAUUUGCUAUAAAACGUGCACAAGCUGAAGCAGGUGCUAUAUCGAGUUCAUUUCUUAAUUAUGAAAAAAAAUAUUCUGAUAAUAAUGAAAUAAAACAACCUUUAACAGAUAAACAAAUUUUUGAUCCAUCAAAACAUUCACCAGUUUUUUGUAAUUAUUCUUAUAUAUAUGUACCAAUUGAUGAUAUAUCACAAAUUCAAAUUGAUACACGAAUAUCUCAUCCAGCUUGUAUUAAUUAUGCAUUAACACCAAUAGAAGAUAUUCAACGAGAAUUAACAAAAACAAUAAAAUCUUCUAUUCAACGUCCAAUAACACCAAUGAAAAAAAGUCCAAAAGAACUUUCAACAAUUGAAUAUCUUGAAAAAUAUGUUUAUCCAAUAUUAUUAAAAGGUAUUGAACAAUUAUUAAUUGAAGCUGAAAAACGUAAAUGUUUAGAACGUAAACGUAGUGCAUUUAAUGCACUUGAUUAUUUAACACGUUAUUUAUAUUAUAAAAAUCCAAAUAGAAUUAAUUUAUCUGAUGAACAAAAUCAACAAUUAUCUGAUAUAAAUCAAUUAUUAGAAGAUAUUCCAUUUGUUCGUAUACAUUUUGAAAAAUAUCCACGUGCACCAUUACCAAAAUCACUUUUAUGGAGUGAAGAAGAAGCUACUUUAAUAAUUCAAUCAUAUUAUCGUGGUUAUCGUGUACGUAAACAACCUGAAGUACAAGAAUUACGACAAUGGCAACGUGAAUGGCGUGAAGCAAAUAGAAAUAUUCAUGAUGUUGUUGAAGAUUUUUGGCGACAACAUACAUCACCAUCACCUGUUUAA